AUGGCCUCAUGCUGGUGGCGGUGGCGGCGCUGCUGCUCUUGGAGGCUGGCCGCGCGGAGACCCGGGCCUGGCUGCCCCGGCCGUGUGGGGUCGUCUGGGACGCUCUCCACAGCGGGCGCCUACACACGGAUGCCCUAUUUUAAUCUUGUGAAGAGUUUAAAAUCUACCUUUCCAAAUGUGUAUAGGAUAUCAAGAUUUCAUCAUACAACCCCAGUGGCAUGCUGUUGCAGUAAAACAUGGAGUGGUGAAAAAUACAUCGAUCCUUUUAAACUUGGCUGGAGAGACUUGAAAGGUCUGUAUGAGGAUAUUAGAAAGGAACUAUUCAUAUCAACAACAGAACUUAAGGAAAUGUCUGAGUACUACUUUGAUGGAAGAGGAAAAGCCUUUCGACCAAUAAUUGUGGUGCUAAUGGCUCGAGCAUGUAAUAUUCAUCAUGGUAACUCCCGAGAUGUGCAAGCAAGCCAGCGCUCCAUAGCCUUAAUUGCAGAAAUGAUCCACACUGCUAGUCUGGUUCAUGACGAUAUUAUUGAUGAUGCAAGUUCUCGAAGAGGAAAGCACACAGUUAAUAAGAUCUGGGGGGAAAAGAAGGCUGUUCUUGCUGGAGAUUUCAUUCUUUCUGCAGCAUCUAUGGCUUUGGCACGAAUUGGACAUACAACAGUUAUAUCUAUUUUAACCCAAGUUAUUGAAGAUUUGGUGCGUGGGGAAUUUCUUCAGUUAGGGUCAAAAGAAAAUGAGAAUGAAAGAUUUGCACACUACCUUGAAAAGACAUUCAAGAAGACUGCAAGUCUGAUAGCCAACAGUUGUAAAGCAGUCUCUGUCUUAGGAUGCCCUGACCCAGUGGUGCAUGAGAUUGCCUAUCAAUACGGAAAAAAUGUGGGAAUAGCUUUCCAGCUAAUAGAUGAUGUAUUAGACUUCACCUCAUGCUCUCACCAGAUGGGCAAACCAACAUCAGCCGAUUUGAAGCUUGGGUUAGCCACUGGCCCUGUCUUAUUUGCUUGUCAGCAGUUCCCAGAAAUGAAUGCUAUGAUAAUGAGACGGUUCAGUUUGCCAGGAGAUGUGGACAGAGCGCGACAAUAUGUGUUACAGAGUGAUGGUGUGCAACAAACAACCUACCUCGCCCAGCAGUACUGCCAUAAAGCAGUAAGAGAGAUCAGUAAACUUCGGUCAUCCCCAGAAAGAGAUGCCCUAAUUCACCUUUCAGAAACUGUACUCACAAGAGAUAAAUGA